UCGCUCGAGCUGCCGUUCAGUUGGGGUAACCAGGGACCAACGCACACACAUGCGCGCGCGCGCCCGGUUUCCCGUUACCGUCUGUUGAAUUAAUAACAGUGCAGAAACGCGCGCACGCAUGACUCGCGCUUUCCCACACACACAUGCACACACGCCGGUGAGGACAGGCGGGAGCGCGUAUGCAAAUGAGGUGAGCGCGAGGAGGGGGUAGGAGGGGCAGAAGGAAUCCCACGCGCGCGGCUCCGUCUUGUUGUUGCCCCCGUCGAUGGGAAAAGACCGGUUUGGCACCGAGACACAGCGGUGCGCGAGAGAGGCGCGAGAAGUUGAGCCUUCAUCACCACCAGCAUCGUCAUCAUCACCAACGUCUCGAGCUCCCUCAUGUGACGGACGAGGGAUGUCGAGGACCGUGUGAGUGCGUGUGUGUGUGUGUGUGUGUGUGUGCGUGCGUGUGUGUGUGUGUGUGUGCGUGUGUGUGUGUGUGUGUGUGUGUGUGUGUGUUUCGACAUGCCCGAGGAUGUGUCCCUGGUCAGGAACCGGACGGAGGCGGCUCCGGGCGCGCGCCCCGCUUGGGUGGUCACCGUGCUCGCGGCGGUGUUGAUCUUUACUAGCGUGGUGGACGUGCUGGGCAACGCACUGGUCAUCAUAUCAGUCCUGAGGAACAGGAAACUGAGGAACGCAGGUAACGUAUUUGUGGUGAGCCUGGCGUUUGCGGACCUGCUGGUGGUGUGUUAUCCGUACCCGCUGGUCCUCCACGCGAUGCUGCAUGCGGGCUGGUUGCCGGGGGAGAUGGAGUGUAAAGUGAGUGGUUUCCUGAUGGGGGCGAGUGUGAUCGGCUCCAUCUUCAACAUCACCGCCAUUGCCAUCAACCGCUACUGCUUCAUCUGCCAGGCCAGCAGGUAUGAAAAAGUAUAUGGAUGCACCGGGACGUCAGUGCUGCUCAUCCUGGUCUGGGUUCUGACAGCCAUCGCCAUACUGCCCAACCUUGCGCUGGGCUCGCUGACCUAUGACCCCCGAGUCUACUCCUGCACCUUCAGCCAGACAGCCAGUGCAGGAUACACCAUCGCUGUGGUGACCGUCCACUUCUUGCUGCCCAUUGCUGUGGUCACAUUCUGCUACUUGAGGAUUUGGGUUCUUGUGCUGCAGGUGAGGAGGCGAGUCACCAGUGACGUGAGGCCACGCCUUCGGCCCAGUGAGCUGCGGCACUUCCUCACCAUGUUUGUCGUCUUUGUGCUUUUCGCCGUCUGUUGGGCACCACUGAAUCUGAUUGGCCUGGCCGUGGCCGUGGACCCACCAAGGGUGGCGCCAAUGGUGCCCGACUGGCUCUUUGUGGUCAGCUACUUCAUGGCAUACUUCAACUCAUGCCUGAACGCCGUGGUCUACGGACUCCUCAACCAGAACUUCCGACGGGAGUACCGUCGCAUUUUGCUUUCUCUGUGCAAGCCCCGCCUCUUCCUGCAGGAAACAUCCAGGGGUGGCACGGAGCGCAGCAACAAGCAGUCACCUGGGAACAACAACAACGACCAGCCGAAAGCAGAGACGAUUUAAUGUUCUAUAGGUAAGAACAGACCACGCCUUCAAUCUGUGGUUGAAGUAUGAGGAGUGACAGCAGGGCUGAGGCUAGAAAUCCCAGAACCCAUAAAGUGACACAGAAUAGGUUACAAUGGUUUCUAUAAUCCCAGGCAGGUUCCAGGGCUAGCUCUUGGCCUCUUGAAUCAUUCCCUCAAUGGACCUUUCCAGAGGGAUCUUAAAAAUAAAGGUGCCAAAGUGGUUCUUUUGAGCAAUAGAAGCCAGCUAUUGGUUUACUAAAGAAUCUUACAUAUUUGUAAAUGGGAUAUGUGAGUCUGAAGAGCUUUUUUCAAAGAUUUUCAAAGGUUCAAAGAACCUUGACGCUAAAUAUUCUGUACUAUUAAAUUGUUUUACUAGGGCUGCAUGUCCAAGCCAAGAACCAUUUAGGAACCUUUAUUUUUAAGAGUCUAUAUGGUAAGAGGAACCUAAUGGUGCAUCCAGCCACUUCAUGGCGUGCUUCAACUUGUACCUGAAUGCUGUGGUCUACAGGCUGCUACACCAGGACUUCUGCCGAGAGCUGCAUUGUGUCCUGCUUCCCCUGAGCAAGCCCUGCCUCUGCAGGGAACCUUCAAGAGCAGUGAAUAAAAAACAUUUUAGGAAUAACAACGAGGCAGAAACUAUUUAAUGCAGCGACAGAGUUUCAUUCGCGAGUGCCAUUUGUGACUUGCAAGCAAGCAAUCUACUUUCACUCUGCAAUCUCUGGUUGAUAUAUGAAGAAUGGUAGCAAGUGGUGGGUAGCCUCAAACCACUCUCAAGAAUAAGUAUUGUAAUAUCAGUGAAAUCAAAGUAAUGGUGGCUACCCAAGACUUCACCGUACAGUUAGAGUUUCACAGUAAAUAGUUGUAGGUAUUGGAGCCUUAAUUAUAUUUGUGAGCAGACAUGGUACUUUCAAUCUGUGGUUGAAGUAUGAGGAGUGAUUCUCAGAGGUGGGUAGGGUAGCCUCAAAGUUUUGUAACCUCAAAAGCACUCACAGUAAGCUAGCAUUUGUUUGGCUGCCAUAUGAAUCGAAAAGCCUUCUACACUCCCAAGAUCUUAAAGUAGUGGUCACCAGUCCUGUUCUUGGAGAUUCAUGAAGCAUUAACUAUAACUCUGAUCGAAAAUCUCCGAGGUCUUGAAGCAGUGGUCACUUGCUUGCUAGUCUUGCUUUUUGAGAUCUACCUUCAUGAAGGGUUCGCUUCUAACCCUGAUUGAACACAAUAGUAAUAUCGCAAACAGAAACUUGAAAAUCUUUUGGAGAACCCUUCAAAUGGACAGCUUUUCUAUUCAAAUGCCAGAGAAUUCUCAGUUCAAAGUCAUGAAUGUGCUAGUAGCUAAGUAGCUAAAAGGAGUGAAAGGAGGAAUUCCUUGUUACUUACAAGUGCAAGAAAAUCCGUGGUGAUCAAAUUUGGGUAGAGUAGCCUAAAGAUGCGUCCAGAUGGUAGUCAUCAACUUCAAAAUUGCAAACAUGGAAUAGUGCCAGUUUGGUGUACCAUAUAACGGAGAAUGUACUGGCUGGUAAAAUGUUGUAACCUGUAAGCACGGGUUAUAUGACAUAUUACAGUUAACAAUGAAGUAAAUGUUGCUACUAACUACCCACCAGGAAACUACCCACCAGGGCAGGAAAGUUUCAUCAUAGGAUAGAGAAGGGAGAGAUGGAAGGUUGUAGGAGAGACUAGAAGUUUCAGCUGAAGAGUUUCUGCCAAAUUUCAUUAGUUUAAUAGCUCCAUAUAAUGCUGAUAUACUUUUCUGACAGAUAUACUAGUCAAGAGAGAGUGACUGAGUGAUUGAGAGAGAGAGUGAGAGAGUGAGUGUACCAGAGAAUGUAACACUUUAUUUUGAUGGUCCAAUGUAGACGCUUUAAAGAUUCUCAAUUAAUCUCAGUUGUCCUUCUACCAAAUAUCUGUUAAAUUUGACUUUUCCCUAAAUUGAAACCUAAUCUUAGUCCUAAAUUUAACCACUGAAAAUCUAAACCUGACCUUAAUCUCAACCAAAAACCCAAACCUGGUGCUUACCUUAGCCUCAACUAAAACCUAAAUCUAAUCUUACGUUCAACCCAAAAUCUAAACCUAACCUUAAGCUCAACUCACAACCUAAUCCUAAAACUGAUCUUAACCUCAACCUAAAACCUAAACCUAAUCCUAAAACUAACCAUAAACCUAACUAAACUUUACUUAAACCUGAACCUAAACCUUACAUUAGCCCUUAACCCAAAAUCUAAAACUAACUUUAAGUUCAAGCUAAAACCUAAACUUUACUUUCAACAAAACUUAAUUCUUUCCCUGAUCUUAACCUUCACCCAAAACCUAAGCCUACUCCUAAACCUUAACAUUAUCCUUAGCCCAAAAUCUAAACCUAAUCUUAAAAAUGACUUUAACCAAAAACCUAACCUAACCUUAACCUAAACCAAAAAUUAAAAACUAAUCCUAAACCUACCUUAACCAAAAACUAAUCCUUUUCCUUAACUUCAACCAAAAAUUAAAAAUCAUUCCUAAACUUAACUAAAACCUGAAACUUACCUUAAGCUCAACCUAAAACCUGAACCUAAACCUUACUUAAAGCUGAACCCAAAACUUAAUUCUAAACCUGAUCUUAACCUCAACCCAAAAUAUAAACCUGAUCCUAACCUUAACUUCAACCUCAAACCUAAACCUACUUCUAAACCUAACAUUAGCCUCAACCCAAAAUCUAAUUCUAAACAUAAUGCUAAUCACAAUAAAAACCUAAACCUAAUCUUAAAAAUAACUUUAACCAAAAACUUGUUUGGGUUUCAACUCAAAAUCUAAAAAUAAUCCUAAACCUACACGUAAACCUCAUCCUAACCAUAGCUCUUCCCCAGCCUCAUCCUAAUCCUUAAUUUACAGUGAUUUUAAACUUUCAUCAUUUACACAAAUUCAAUUGUUCAGUGAAUUAGCAGGAUGUGUAGCUAGAAUUGUUCAUGUCGUAUAUUAUUCAAGCUACAAACACAAUGUUUAUUCAGACUAUAUUUGGAUCGUUGUAUAAUUUUUAAAAAUGUAUUGACUCAUUUUUAAACUGGGUGGGUGAAGGUUAACACGUGCUUCCUGCGAAACACGUGACGAUCUUUUUAAACUGCUGCUAACACAUUAUCACUCAGAAAACAUCCGUUACAUCAGCUAACAGACGCCAGAUGCUAACUAACAUUGUAUUAAGUAAUCAUUACCUGGCUAGCUAAUAAGCUUGUUGAGCUAACUGCCUACCAACAAAUAAGCAAAGUUGUAUAGUGUAGUGGAUAACACCUCUGCCUUAUAUACUGUAGACUGGUGUUCAAUCCCCCAAUAAUAUGACCAAACGGUAUGUUUUCUGUAUUAUGAUUGGCUGUUCGCUUCAAGUGUUGAUGGUUGUGUGAAAGAACUCUAACCCUAACCUUAACCUCAACUAUUAAUUAGCAAGAUUUAGCAGAUGGUGUGCUAGCAAUUCUGAGGAUUUCUAGUCCAGCUACUGGAGACCAUCAAAAUAAAGUCUGACCAAAGCAUCCCACUUAAACAGUCUCCACCUGUUCGCCUUCACUAUCUAAUUAAAAACAACACCAUCCCCAUCCUCAACUUUAAAACAGUAGGCACACCCAUUAGCGAUGCUAAUGGCAUUUGCCCAUCUUUAGAGCAAUGUUUCUCCAACACUCGGUAAAACGAGCCAUUAACUCGGCGCAAAUGCUCUGGUUAAUAUUCCAUAAUUGCUCUAGUUUAGUUUUAUGACUCUUUUGGUCACUGAAAAAAAAACACAGGACUGAGAAAGCAAGAAAUAAAAGGGUUUGUAGAAGCUGGAACAGAGAAACUGGUAGCACUGAAAUGCGUUAGGGCUUACCCUCAAACACUCUGAUCUCUCAGAGCUGCAGCCGCGCUCACCAAACACGUCCGUCAAAGACACAGUGGAUCAGAACGUUCCCGUUUGUUCAUUUGUUUUCCGCCCGUGGUCACGACAUUCAUCGUGUUUCCCAUUAAGAGAUGUUUUUAAGGUAUUUACAGGCCAAAUCUAUCCCGACAAGAACAGUAAAAAAGGAAAAUGUUCUACAUUAACUGGCCACUUUAUCAGGAACCCCAACCUCAUGCUUCCAUUCACUGGCCAGUUUUUUAGAAACAUCCACCUUGUACUUCCACUUA